AUGGCGACCACGGGUGAACUCUCCAGGGAGAGGCUCUUCGACGUCGAGGGAAGGUUGCUCAUGUCACCGGUGCUGGCAGCAAAUGGCGCCAAAGUCUACAUCUGCGGCCGGUCCAAGGACAAGCUGGAUCGUGCGUCCGAAACUCACGGCCAAGACGCGAGAGGCGAGAUUAUUAGCUUACAGGCCGACAUCACCACGAAAAAGGACAUCGCGUCUCUAUGCGACGAAAUGAAGUCACGGGAGGAAUACCUGAGUAUACUUGUGAACAAUGCUGGCAUCAGCGGAGAGACUUUUCCCGUGACAGAGAACAAGUCUGCUGAAGACUGGAAGAAGUCGCUCUUCGACAACGAAAAGGCAACUUUUGAGGACUGGGUUAACGUGUAUCGCACGAACGUGGCAGCGACAUACUUCACCACCGUUGCGAUGCUGCCACUCCUACAGGCCUGCACGGAGCGCCACCCAGGCUGGUCAGCGACCGUCAUCAACGUCACUUCCAUUUCGGGGCUGGUGAAGACAUCGCAGCAUCACUUUAGCUAUAACGCGUCCAAGGCGGCAGCAAUCCACCUCACACGCAUGCUCGCAUCCGAUAUUGCAGCCACGGGACUCAAGAUUCGGGUCAACAGCAUUGCGCCUGGCGUCUUUCCCAGCGAGAUGACUGCCGGUGAGAGUGACAAGGCUCAAAAGAGCAAGUUGGAGACGGAAAGGUACCAAGGAAAAGUCCCGGUGUAUCGUCCUGGCAAGGCCUCGGCUGUGUUGUUCACUGCGGGCAACCAGUACCUCAACGGGCAGACCAUCACUGUUGAUGGAGGAUAUACUCUUGCCGCAGGCCUGUAG